AUGGCAUCCAACACGGCGGCCAAGCGGCUGCUAAAGGAAUACCAGACCACACAAAAGGAGCUUGGUCUCCUGCCCAACACGACGCGAUCGUUACGCGCCAAUCCUGACCUGCUCGAGCUGCGGCCGUGGGACGUGGAAGGCGAGGAUCUCACCGAGUGGAUCGCCACACUGCGCGGGCCGUCUUCGGGCAACUAUGCGGGCGGCGUGUUUGAGCUCUCGAUCCAAGUACCGCCCACCUAUCCGACCAAGCCGCCGGUGAUCAAGUUCCGCACGCGCAUCUUCCACCCGAACAUCGCAUGGAAGGAUGGCGAAAUCUGCCUCGACGUACUCCAGUCCCAAUGGACUCCCGCUUGGUCGCUCAGCUCGGCGUGUACUGCGAUUCUGGCCUUGCUCGACGCACCUGAACCAGAUAGCCCUCUCAACGUCGAUGCUGCAACCCUGUAUAGGACGCAGGACGAAAGAGCAUACGCCAGCAUGUGCAAGAUGUACACCGCCAUCUAUGCAACUGCGCAAGACGACUAA